CACACGACCGGCUGUCUCUCAGCACCAUGCCAAGCAAGCCCGCACCCAUUAAAAAGAACCCCGUCAAGAAGGCGGCAGAGAAGGUGCCAGAGCCUGACCCGCCGGCCGCUGAAGCCGAGCCUGCUCCGGUGGAGACGCCUGCCCAAACCGCACCCGAAGGAGAAGAAGCACCAGUGGAGGACAGUCCCGGUACGGAACAAAUAAAUGCUGCAGCUGCUGAAGGCGUACCUGAAGGCGACGUCCCAGCUACAGAUGCGCCGCCUGCGGACGCAGAAGCUGCUCCUCCAAUUGAAGAACCACCCAAGGCUCCUACACCCCCACCUCCUUCAGUUCCAACCAGUGCGCCAUUGGAAGUAUCUGUGGAGGACGUGAAUGACACGAGCCUCACCGUCAAGUGGAAGACACCGGAGAUCCUCGGAGAAUCUGGCCUAGAUGGCUACACUGUUGAAUACUGCAAAGAUGGAACUCCAGACUGGGUGGUGGCAAACCAGGAGUUGACCCCGGCUACCCGCUACUGCAUCAAAGAGCUGACAGCAGGUGACCUGCUGCUGGUGCGCGUGCUGGCCGUAAACGCCGGCGGCCGCAGUGAGCCGGCCACGCUGGUGCAGGCCGUGGCAAUUCGCGAGGUGCUCGACCGGCCGAAGAUCAAAGUUCCUCGUAACCUCCGCACGUGCUUUGUGAAGAAAGUCGGAGAGCAAAUCAACCUGGUCAUCCCGUUCCUUGGCAAACCCAAACCGUCGGUGUCCUGGCUGAAAGACGGUCAGCCUUUGGAUACAAAAAGGGUCAACCUCAGGAAUAGCGACAAGGACAGCAUCCUCUUCAUCCGCGGUGCUCAGAGGGACGACUCGGGGGUUUAUGAGAUGACAGUUAAGGUGGACUGCUUUCAAGACAAAGCCACUAUCACCCUUCAGAUUGUUGACCUUCCCGGUCCUCCCAGCAGUACAAAACUGGUAGACUGCUGGGGCUUCAACGCCGCGCUGGAAUGGACUCCUCCCAAGGACGACGGCAACACGGACAUCACUGGGUACAUUGUCCAGAAGGCCGACAAGAAGACCGGGGAAUGGUUCACCGUGAUGGAACACUACCACAGGCUUACCGCCACCGUCUCUGACCUCAUUAUGGGAAACUCGUACCUCUUCCGAGUGUUUUCUGUCAACAAAGUGGGCAUCAGUGAGAAGAGCGCCGUCACCAAGGACGUGGCCGUAAUCCCGAAGACAGGCAUCAUCUACAAGCCUCUUGAAUACCAUGAGCAUGACUUCAGCGAGGCGCCCAAAUUCACCACACCGCUUAGCAACCGGGCCGCGACCGUUGGAUACACCACCAAACUGCUGUGCUCAGUUCGUGGAAGUCCCAAGCCUAAAAUCGAAUGGCUGAAGAACCAGAUGGUGAUCGGUGAUGACCCCAAGUUUCGUCAGCUCUCCAACCAAGGUAUCUGCUCUUUGGAGAUCCGCAAGCCAUGCUGCUUUGAUGGAGGCGUGUACACCUGCAGAGCCAAGAACGAUCAAGGAGAGGCCGCAGUCUCCUGCAAACUGGAAGUCAAACAAGUGAUUCUUUUGGAGUCGGAUAAGGAAAGAAGCAAGUAAAGCGACACUUCAACCUUCAGAGGGUUCUGGGCAAAGUGAGAGGAAAAGAAACUGCUGCUGCUUUGUGUACAUAAUGAAGAAUCAGUCCUCAACCCACAGCACAACAAUCCCACUUGUCUCAAUGUUGCACGAUCAUCUAGUUUUGUCACGUAUCAGGCUGAAUGUCCAAUUCUUCUUCUGUCACUUCUAGUUUGUUAUACUGUAGUAUGCCACUCAAUAAAAUGGAUUUGAUUUUGCAAA